AUGAUAUCAUAUUAUCAACUGCAUAAAAGGACUAGAUGCUUUGGGGCUAGUUCAGUUUCAAAUCCAGAACCCAGCCUCAAGAUGGUAGAGGGUGGGGCUCCAGAAGAAAACCCAACAUCGAAGGCAGCGACUACAACAGCCAAGGUUGAAGCUUCUACGGGAGCUUCAGUGACCAGCUCUGCUGGGCAAAGUUCCAAGUCUACAGUCCAAGCUACCACAUCUAAAAAAGAACAGCCAUCAACAACCUCGCCUUCUCAGAUCCAAUCUACCACGAAAAUUGCAGAUGAUCAGCAGCGGACUACCACUAAAAUUGCAGCUGUAGCAACGACCGUAACUAGUAUUGCUGCACCUGCUAUUACAACUCCUAAAGGGCACCUACCGGCUUCUACAGUUGCUCCACCUCCUCCACCUCCUCCACCUCCUCCACCUCCUCCACCUGCUCUAGCCACUUCAGCUCCUCCAGCUUCGGUCACCACAACUCUUUCUUCGCUUGCACCUGCUUUAGAUGCGAAAGCAAGCCAAACGGAGGCACCAUCCACGGAUCCGACCAAAUAUAUAAUCAUCAUCGUCGCUGUGGUGCUCGUCGUUCUUGUCCUCGUCAUUGCUGCGCUAGUAAUCGUAAUGCAACGUCGACAGGCAGCAGCAAAGAAAAAGCUAGCCGAAGAACUCGCGAAGGAGAAGAAACGAAGCAAACGAAGCAAACGAAGCAAGAAGAGCCGAAAGAGCAAGAGCAAAAGUAGCAGACGAAGCAAGAGUAAGAGUAAGAGUAAGAAAAAGAAGAAAUCUGAGUCAUCAAAACGAAAGGAAGCGGCAGGCUCAGAAAUGAGCACCAAAUCCCAAACAGCAGGAGAAGAGGGCAAAAGUGGAGAACCUAGAAGUGGAGCAGGAAAGGAUAAUCCGUUAGAAAUGAAUAUGGAGGGAUCUUAUUGGAGAUAUGUGUCACCACCAGCAAACCAACAACACAGAAUUUAUUCCCCUGGAAUCCAACUAGUGUGAAGAAAGUGUUAAUGUUCAGUUCGUACAAAAAUGUAGUCGAGCUUGUACAUACAACAAUUACU